GAUAGUUGGAGUAGACACUCUUCUGCUUCCUGCCUCGCUCGCAUGCUCCGUGGCUGUGUGAGAGAGAGAGAGAGAGAGCUACAGAGAGAAAACCCCUGUCUAGGCAUGGACCUCCGGCUGCAGCACUCGGCAGCUCGCGAGGAAUGACAACACUUCACAUGGUCAUUAACUCCAGUCACUGAGGCUGAAGGGGAAAGCUGUAUCGUGGCUCAGUGUCACCCGAAGCACCAGGUGCCUUCCACGCUUGGGACAGAGGCAGAGCUGCGGGACCCGGUGAAAUGAGAUCACUGACGGAAAGUGCCUUGUGAGACAACUUCCCUACUUCAAGAACCCUGGGUGUUUCUGACGGGCUUCAGAUUUCUCCUCCUGCAGUCGAGACAGGAUUUAGCUCAGCCCCAUUAACACCCCCGGACCCCUUUGGGUUGUCCUUACCUGUCCUACCCACUCGGGUGACGAGGAGGACCUGCUGCGCUGCGGUGCCAAGGUGCCAAAACUCAGAGAGAGUAGGUACUGAAGGCUUUUAAACAAUAGAUCGCCGCAAACUGUGUGUUGUUCCAAACUGUGCCAUCGCACCUCAAAAUAGCCCCACUUUUGCUCCCUAACAUCCACCCUUGCACAGAUAUCAUCAGUCAUAGGAACGACAUUUUGGGGACAUCCGUACAGCCAGCAGAGAUUGUCUCCGAGCAUGCCCCCUCUGUCUUGUCAGAGGUCCGCACUUGAGACUUACUGAUUGAUGAACAAUUAGCUGUUUGACUGACAGACUCUACAAUAGCAGCGAAGUCCCAGUCCUGUCCCGUCCACAAGGACACACUUCAUCCACUGACCUGCAGAAGAUCAUUUAUAGCUACAUGUUCAGGUAGUUUUUUAGUUGCCGUUUGUUUUAUUUAUUUUUUUAUUGGAGCACCGAAGCCACCUCCUCCUCCGAGGAUAACUCCGCUCCACCCCGGCUCCACCACCAGCGCCGCUGACAUGGCUCUGAACAUUGCGUCGAUACGGGACACAAAAUGGCUGACACUGGAAGUGUGCCGGCAGUUUCAGAGAGGGACGUGUUCACGCAGCGAUGAGGAGUGCAAAUUCGCCCACCCGCCCAAGAGCUGCCAGGUGGAGAAUGGGAGGGUGAUCGCCUGUUUUGAUUCGUUAAAGGGCCGCUGCACGCGAGAGAACUGCAAAUACCUCCACCCGCCUGCUCACCUGAAGACCCAGCUGGAGAUCAACGGGCGCAACAACCUGAUCCAGCAGAAGACGGCGGCUGCCAUGUUGGCUCAGCAGAUGCAGUUCAUGAUCCCCGGCACCACCAUGCAUCCUGUGGGGGUUGAUCAAGAUGCUUUGGCGUCACUUUUGAGGAGCAGUCAUGUCGACCAUCUUUAUUUACAGUCAAUGCAGGCGUUUCCUGUCAACCAGGGCCUGGGCUCCAGUGGGGGUUUGAGCUACGCACCCUACCUGACUCCCAUGUCCCACAGCAUGGGCCUGGUGCCCACAGACAUCCUGCCCAACAGCCAAGUCAUCGUCCCCGGCAGCCCGCCCGUCUCCGGCGGCUCCUCCUCAAACCAGAAACUGCUGCGCACCGACAAGCUGGAGGUGUGCCGUGAGUUCCAGAGGGGCAACUGCGCCCGUGGCGAAACCGACUGCCGCUUCGCUCACCCGAGCGACAGCCCCAUGAUCGACACCAGCGACAACACGGUCACCGUCUGCAUGGACUACAUCAAGAGCCGCUGCUCUCGCGAGAAGUGCAAGUACUUCCACCCCCCGGCCCACCUGCAGGCCAAGAUAAAGGCCGCCCAACACCAGGCCAACCAGACGGCUGUGGCCGCGCAAGCCGCAGCCACAGCUGCAGCCAUGACUCAGUCGACUGCCAAAGCAAUGAAGCGACCCCUCGAGGCAACUGUAGACCUGGCGUUCCCGCACGGCGUCCUCCAGCCCCUACCAAAGAGACCAACACUCGAGAAGAGCAACGGAGCCAACUCCCUGUUCAACCCCAGUGUUUUGCACUACCAGCAGGCGCUGGCCAACGCACAGCUCCAGCAGCCUGCUUUCUUUCCCACUGGGUCAGUCUUGUGCAUGACUCCUGGUAGCAGUCUUGUUCCAAUGAUGUACAGUGCUACGCCUGCUACUGUCUCUGCAGCAACAACUCCUGCCACAAGUGUCCCCUACGCAGCAACAGCACCAGCCAAUCAGAUUAUCCUGAAAUAAGCCUCAGGAUGGGAACGGAGUGUCACAAAGCUGCACUAGGAAACCCAAAACAGCCCCAGUGUAAAUACUAUCUGACCUCUCCCAUAGAGGUCCAGCAACCUGCAUGCUAAGAGUGUAACACUUCAAUUUAACCAUACGAACUGCAGUGCCGGUGAAACACACACACACAGAAAAAAGAUAUAUACUGUAUGUAUUGCUAGAAAGAAAAAAAACUAUUAACAUGAAAAAGUCAAAAAUAUUCUUAUGUAUUAUAGCAGACACACUAUACAGGUCAUUUUAACAAAUGUUCUCCCAAAGUACCGUCGACCCCCCCCACUCUCUUUCAUAUUUAUUCUAAAAACCUCUGCACAACAACAUCAUCCCCCCCUUUGGUUAGUAAAAGAAUCAAGAUGCUUGAUUUGCACUGGACGAGAGACGUGGUGCACGCCGUGGACGUGGGCAAACAGGAAGAGUCACAGGAAACCCGUGCACAGCCACACCGACGCACUCAGCGAGGGUUUAUUUUAAAAGUCUUGCGGUCUUUGCUUUUUUUUCUCACCAUGAAGAUGAAUGUCCCUGGGGGCAGACAGGCUCGUGUUUCCUCCACAUGUGACUGUCCCCUGCGAGGGUCCAUCCGCGGCCCUCACACGCCCCCCCCCCCCCCCCCCCCCCCCCGAUGCUGUUACGAUGCCAUGAUGAAGCUCGUCCUCCACGCCUUGCCCCUCCCCUUUCGCCAACUUCUCAUCCCAGGAAACCAUCUUGCCAAAGUCGCGGCUUGGGAGAAGUCGGAUGGAAUCACAGCCGCCAGAAAAAGCCACACUCUCGAGCACCCAGACAAAUCCUUCUCUUUUUGUUUUCUGUUGCCAUUGCGAGAAGCUGCUCGGAACUCACCCUUUAUUUGUUUCCACGCUGGGUUCGGCCCUCUGUCGAGGACGAGCGGUGGGGUAGAUUGUGCACGGAAUUUUUUUGCAUGCAGUCAGGAACAGGGGAAGACAGUGCCCAGUGUUGACAGAAGAUAGUCGUGGCCAUUACUGAAAAGCCUAAAGGCUCGGGUCUGUGCCAAGGGCUUAACAAAGCUUGACGGUUCGUCCCAGACAUACCAAGCCUUGUGUGUGUGAGUGUGCGUGUGUGUGUGUAUGUGUGUUUCGUAUCUGGAGACUGAGGGUCUGCCGGCAGACUGGGACUUGAGGCGAGGUCUAGCAGGUGACGACAACACCAGGCCUGGUAGGAGAGUCUUUUCGAGGGUCGGGUUAAGGAUUUAAGUGCUAAGACUAAACAAAAAAAACUGUGCAUUUGACGAUGCUCGUCAAGAGAAAAACAAAAGAAAAACAGACAAAAAAAAAGAUGACUUGAACUUCGACUGGAGGGCUAUCUGUGACCGUCGGUUGUCCUGUCCAACCCUACUAUCACCGAUAAUCCUGUUCCAUUUUAGAAAAACUCGUAGAAGUGCCUAAAAAAUGCUCAUCGACUCAACAACACGUGCAUCCGGAGUGUAUCACUAAAAGUCACAGACGCAAAACACACACCGGGCCGUCAGAACGUGGACCUUUAUUUGAUUUCCCCCCGGGGGAAAUUACAUCACACUUCUUUCCGUUCCCGGAGGCGGUCUCAUCACAAGUGACUUUAUGGAAAAACUAAAAAAAAGAAGUUGAAGAAACGACAAAUCAAAACAUAGCUUUGUAGAAUGUUUGGUGACUUUCAUGGUGUACCAUUGUUUCCCACCAUGGUUUGAGUAGUUUACAUGAGGAACGUGAGUGAGAAAAAAAAAACAUGAAUUGUAAAACUGUGUAAUGUAUGUAAGGUGUCUCUUUCUUUGAGAGUUUAUAUUCAUAGUUUUAGAAAUAUAUUCAAAGUUAUUUAAAAUUUUGUGUUGUGUCUCCUAUCGAGGUAUGUUUCGACCCCCCUCCCACCCACCCCCCCCCCCCCCCACCACCUCCACCUUCCAGAACAAUCAUGUUUAGAUCAUAAAGCGUUGUUUUAUUAUUUUACACCUUCUUUAGCCUGUUUUAACUCAUUUUACAAAAUUGUUAUUAUUUUUUCACACAAGAGAAUAGGAUGUAAUUUCAUGGUGCUUGAUCAACAUUGACAAUCCAUAAUCAGACCUUUUUCUCGGAAACGUCUCACUCGAGUUUCCGCGUGUUUUCACCUCCACUCGUCUCCAUGUGAGUUUUUAGUUUCUGUUUUUCGAUUUGUGUGUAAUAUCCGUGGCAGGUGGUGAAAGCUUCUAUUCUGUUGUGAUUUAUCUUGUGUUACUCUUGGUCAAAUUUUAGUUGAGAAAACAAAAAAAAGGAAAUGUUGUAAACUAUUCUAUUUUGAAAUGAAUGUAAUUUAUUGAGCUGUGCUACGUCACUGCACGGUUGGUCAUUUCAAGGUCUAACCUGCCAGGUCAGCGAAUGAGAAGUCGGGGGGGGGGGCGGGGCGGCGUAUGAAAAAGUCCACCCGUCAAUAGAAAGCUACUGGAUCUCUCUUGCCUUCUCAUUGAUAAAAAAAAAACUAAAAAAAUCACGGUGUCGCAGUAAUGAGCAUAGUUAUAGACUCGUCUGUGUUGUUGGGGGGAAAAAAUGUUUAUUGUAUAGAUGACAUUUUACCAAAAAAAUAAGAGAAUAAAAUUUCAAAAAAGAUGUACUUUUCACUCUAGUAUAAUAGUAUUUCAUAACAAUAUUAAGUUGUUGCUGUGGCAACCAAAUGUUGCAAUUACUAAAGUUCUGUAUUUUUGUAAAUGACAUUGUUGAGUUGAUUUUUCUUUGUUUCUUCUUCUUCUUUUCUUUUUUUUAUUUCUUUUUUUUGCUAGAACACUGUACACACGGUAGAUUGUAAAGAAGAUACGAACAUUUCUUAUUCUUCACUGAGAUUACGACAACGACCUAAUAUUUUCAUUAGCAAAUAACAGCCUCUGUAGUGCUGUGACCGUAACACUUAAAUAGAUUCAAAGUCAUCAAUGUUACAUAGAUUAUAUAUAUAAAUACAUAUAUAUAUAUAAGAAUUAAAUAAUCUAUAAAUUAAGAAGUUGAGAUGUACAGCUCCUCCCCUGACAAAGGACCGUGAGGUUCCACUCUGAGACAUUUUAUUCGAGGCGUAUGUAUCACUAGAGUUAAGGAUUGCACUUUUCAUAAUGUUUUAAAGAUGUGAUCUGUUUUUUGUUGUUUUUUUGUUUCCUCUGCUAUUACAACAAAUCUGUUUAUCAAUCAAAAGCAGAUAACACACGGUGAAUAACUUUAAUUCAACUUGUUGCAUGGGAAAACAACUUUUCUUUUCUUUUCUUACUAAAUGAUACUGAAUGUUACUAGUGAAAAAAACAAAAACAAAAAAACACGUCUGUACACAACACGUCCUCAUUUGGUUACCCACGAUGCCCCUGUGUAUGGAAUCCUCUUGAGAUGUGGUGUUUUUAGAAAUGUGUCGGCGCUGAUUGACUGAUGAUGGUUUUAAAACGAGAAAAAAAAUAAACGAAGAAAGAGAACAUGUAAGCACUUUCUGAGCAGUUGGCCAACUGAGCAGACUCAGCUUAUCCAAACACUUUGCCUUAUCUUGAGUCCAUCUUGCUUAAAGGUUUUUCUGUUUUUAAAAAGCUCUUAACUGGAAUUUAUUCAAAGAGACGUGAGCGGGUCUCUCUCCCCAAAUCCCUCCUCGAUUUCAUUUCACACAUUUAUAUCGAAAAAAAGUUUUAAGUUGGCCAAAAGACGGCGACUGCAACAGAGUGAACAGUCUCCUGAUCGUCACCUCCGGUCUCCCCAAAAAACCUGUAGUGGCAUCUUUUUAUUUUUGUCCCAUUGCCUUACAAUGGAGCAGUUUGGAUUUGUAACUCACAGCUUUAGCCAGCAGAGGGCACUACAGUUGGGACUGCAGGUGACGUGGGGCGACUGCCUGUGCCAUCGUUGUUGCAGCGUAGCCAAGAUAAAUUGACCCUCAUCGGAUUUAUAGUUUCUAUGUAAUAAUUUCUUAAUGUAUUCUUUUGCAUAUAUUUUGUGCUAUUUUAUGUUUCUAUAGUCCAAUGUUCCUUUGGUUCCAGCGAGAUAGUGUAAAAUCUAUUGGAAGACAGAAAUAAAGAAAAUCAAAGGAU